GUUUCCGGAUUCUGGGCGCAUGCAGCCUACUAUUUGCGGCAAACCAAAUUUCGUGUGUUUUUAUUUAAGUUAAAUCAUCAUUUUUCGGGGCUGGCCAAAAGCGAGGCGCAGAAAUUGGUAGCGAAAGCCAAGCCGUCGGGCCGUAGUUCAGUAUUACCAGGAGAUAUCGACUCCAUACUCAAUUGGCAGCUGUCAAGGAAGUAGAAUUACGUAGGAGUUACGUAGUCGCCCGAAGUUCGGGAUUCGAAAGGAAAUGAUGUUGAAGGGCCUGCGGCAUGUGCGGAACAUGCUGCAGCGCGGUGGCUCCCAGUUGGCCCAGAUCCGCGGCGCCACGGGGCUCCAGGCCCCGCGAACUGGCCGGGAGCUCUCGCUCCUCCAGCUCAGCCGGCAGCAGGUGAGGCAGCUGCAGGCGGAGUACAAGGCGAUUGUGGGCCUGAUAGCCCGCUCGCUGCAACUGACGCCCCAGGAGGUCCGACUGAUGCACCUGCGCAGCCUGAGCACCGCAGGAAAACCUCCUCCCGCGGAGGGCAAGGCGGAAAAGUCCCCAAAGGACGCAGCCAAGACUGACGAAGGUUCCCCCAAGGAGAAGCCACAGGAGAGCAGCAAAGACGAGGCCUCCAGUAGUCCCAAUCCCAGUCCCAGCAGCUCUGCCGGCGAACCCGGCGAGGAUCCCAACAAGAACAGCAACGAGAACGACGAGAAGAUGCGCUCCGUGCUGACCAAGGCGGUCCUCUGGCUCUUCACCAUCUACAUGUUCGUGGCCUUCUUCUCCCUGCUGAUUACCCCGCGUUCCGAGCGACCAGAGGGCUCCACGCGCUACGUGUCCUGGAACGAGUUCGUGCACCACAUGCUGGCCGUGGGCGAGGUCAAGGAGCUGAUCAUUCGGCCCGACAUGGAGAUGGUCACCAUCAUUCUGCACGAGGGCGCCGUCAUCAAGGGCCGCAAGGUCUCGUCCAGCAUCUUCCACAUGGCGGUGGCCGAUGCCACCCGGUUCGAGGAGAAGUUGCGCGAGGUGGAGAAGCGGCUGGGCAUCAAGGACGGCGUGCCGGUGACCUACGACCGCCAGACGGACACCACCGGGCGCAUCCUCAUGCUGCUGCUCGUCUGCGCCCUGCUCGUCUCCAUUGCCACGCGCAUGAAGAGCAUGAAGAGCCCGCUCAGCAUGGAUUCCUUUAACCAAAUGGGCCGGGCCAAGUUCACGCUGGUCGAUCCCUUCGACGGCGGCCGCGGCGUGCUCUUCCGCGACGUCGCCGGGCUCAGCGAGGCCAAGCAGGAGGUGAAGGAGUUCGUCGACUACCUCAAGUCGCCGGAGAAGUACCAGCGCCUGGGCGCCAAGGUGCCGCGCGGCGCCCUGCUCCUCGGACCGCCGGGCUGCGGCAAGACGCUGCUGGCCAAGGCGGUGGCCACCGAGGCCCAGGUGCCGUUCCUCAGCAUGAACGGCUCCGAGUUCAUCGAGAUGAUCGGCGGCCUGGGGGCGGCGCGAGUGCGCGAUCUGUUCAAGGAGGGCAAGAAGCGGGCGCCGUGCAUCAUCUACAUCGACGAGAUAGACGCCAUCGGGCGGCAGCGCUCGGGCACGGAGAGCAUGGGCCAGGGCAGCUCGGGCGAGUCCGAGCAGACGCUCAACCAGCUGCUGGUCGAGAUGGACGGCAUGGCCACCAAGGAGGGCGUGCUCAUGCUGGCCAGCACGAAUCGGGCGGAUAUUCUAGAUAAGGCCCUUUUGCGCCCCGGUCGCUUUGAUCGCCACAUCCUCAUCGAUCUGCCCACGCUGGCGGAACGCAAGGAGAUAUUCGAGAAGCACCUGUCCUCGGUGAAGCUGGAGUCGCCGCCCGCCACCUUCUCGCAGCGCCUGGCCCGCCUGACGCCGGGCUUCUCGGGCGCGGACAUCGCCAACGUUUGCAACGAGGCUGCCCUGCAUGCGGCGCGCAACACCCAAAAGGAGGUCAGCAGCAAGAACCUGGAGUACGCGGUGGAGCGGCUAGUGGGCGGCACCGAGAAGCGCUCGCACGCCUUGUCGCUGGCCGAGCGCAAGGUGAUCGCCUACCACGAAUCCGGACAUGCUUUGGUGGGCUGGAUGCUGCCCAACUCGGACAUCCUGCUCAAGGUGACCAUUGUGCCGCGCACCAGCUUGGCCUUGGGCUUCGCCCAGUACACGCCGAGCGAACAGCACCUGUACAGCAAGGAGGAGCUGUUCGACAAGAUGUGCAUGGCGCUGGGCGGCCGGGCGGCCGAGAAUCUGGUCUUCAAUCGCAUCACGACGGGCGCCCAGAACGACCUGGAGAAGGUGACCAAGAUCGCGUACUCGCAGAUCAAGAAGUUCGGCAUGAACGCGACCCUGGGACCCAUCUAUGUCCGCGAUGCCGACGAGACGGAGGGCGGCGGCGCGAUGGGCAGCGGCGGCAAGAAGCCCUUCUCGCGGGCCAUGGAGAGCCUGAUCGACAACGAGGCGCGCCACGUGGUGGCCAGCGCCUACCAGACCACCGAGGGGAUACUCGCCACGCACCGCGACAAGCUGGAGAAGCUGGCUGAGGCGCUGCUCGAGAAGGAAACGCUGGACUACGACCAGGUGGUGGAGCUGAUUGGUCCGCCGCCUUACGACCUGGGGAAGCGGCAAGUGGACGGCGUGGAGUUUGAGCAGUCACUGAAGAACCUGGGCAGCGACACGGACGCCACGAAAGCCUGA